AUGACGGAGAGGGGAACCGAAGCGGAGGCUACAGGGCCAACUCUGAAUAUUCACCACCCCAUCAUCCAAAGUGUAGCCCGAGAACGGACGAGACACAAUGCGGAAUUGCGCGCUGUCCAACUACAGAUUGACAAAUUGGAAACAGAGCAGGAUCAAUUAUGGGUAGAAAACGAGCAGCUCAAAACUCUACUUAACCACUUACCCGACGAUAAUUCUUUAGACGAGUAUGUUGCACGUAUCGGCGACCUAGAAAAGCAGAAUGAUGCCCUCGAAGAUAAAAUCUACAAAUUACAGGGCCUGUCCUCUGACGCUGCUAAGGGGUUCCGGGCUGAAUAUAUUCCUACGCACCCUCGUAAUAGUAUGGAACUGGAGGAACUUAGCCUGGAGUAUAGAGAUUUCGUAGAUCAAAUUAUAAAUCUCAUAUAUGAGUGGGUGUCACCCCUAUUAGCGGACGACAAACACGCCGUGGAGGUUGUCCAAGCCGCCCUACGAGACGAGACCGCCAAGGAUUUUAUCACUUGGAUGGAAGCGUACCCGGACAUUGCUAGGCUCUCGUCUUUUUACUUGUCAACUGAAUACGUAUGCUUAGCCGUCAUCAUGCGAUGGCUAGAGACGGCAGUCUUCUCGACGGAAGUAUGCGGCGUCGCCCCGGAGACUUCCAACACGCUAGAGCACGUUGAAGACUCCCUUUCCCACCACGUCAACCCACUGCCGCGGCACAUCGAGGUUAGGAAAUGGCGGCAAAACACAAACUACGCUCUAAUGCAGCAUCCCGAAUACCGACCCACGCGUCUCGACCACGAGGAAACACUAGCGAGUGCCCUGCAGUACCUAUUCCGCUUCCUACCCGGCGUCAACACAGAAGGCAUGCUCGAGCGUAUCUGCGACACGAUAGUGGUCCCGGCGAUCGAGAUCAACGACGUAUUCGCCACCUCGGUCGACCAUUUCGAACUCCACAGCUGGAACUUCCUCCCGGGGACCAGCGUAACCGAAACCGUAUCGACCGAGGAGCUCUACGAGCACCGGGAAUGGUUCGAGCUCGAGGACCCGCUCGACAAUACUAACAAGAUUGAUAUUGAGGGCAAGAGCCUCGAAGAGACUACGCGGAGGCUUGAUCCCGUCUGCUCUGUCAUCCCGGCUAUCGUGAUGAGGAAUGCGGAGGACCGCGAGAAUGUUACGCUGUGCGCUAAGGCGUAUGUUGUUGCUGCGUGGGGACUGCCGAAGACGAGGGAGCGGAAGUGGAAUGAGCAGGAGUCGGGGUUUUUGAAUGGCUUGUUGUCGGAGUAA